UACCUCUUCAGCUACACGACAACCAGACCAAGGGGAGUCAGCAGUAGAAGACGCUGCAGCAAUGUCCAUGAUGCCCAAGUCAGAGGCAGGCCGCAAGGCACUCGCCAUGGUUCUCUGGGGCACCAUCACGAUGGGUGUCGGCUGGUCCUUCAUGCGCUUCACGACACCUACAGAUGAGGAUAUAUACCAGCGUCUGUCGCCUGAGCUACGAAGACAAUAUGACCGCGAAAAGGACAGCCGGCGCAAAGCCAAUGACGCUUCGUUGCAGCAAGUAUUCGAUAUGCGCAACCUCGAUCGGCCGGCAUGGCGCACAGAUGUACCGGCUGACUUGAAGAAGGCCGGCGAGAAGCAGCGCAUACCGCUGACGCUUGACUCGAAGGAGCAGUAGUCACUUGUGUUUGAAAAUAGCAUGGAACAGCAUAGGUAUGGAAUGAUCAAAAGGACA